AUGCCUGCUCAGCUGCUCCUCUCUGCUCCACACGGCCAGCUGCUCGUCUCUAUUCAGGGUUGGGGGGCUCCAUUCCUGCUCCUGGUGCUCUCACUGGGGAGAGUGUCUGCUUUGGACUUCAGCUGUGAAACCCUUCUCCUGAUGGCCUCCAAUCUCACAGUGAGGACAAUGGUGUUGAACUUGACGCUGACCUUCACCAACACAUCAGGUCAGUACUGUGACCUGUCCGUGGACGGGAUAGGCACCUGCUGGCCCCGCAGUGCAGCAGGAGAGGUGGUGUCCAGGCCGUGUCCAGAGCAGUUCAAUGGGAUUCACUACAACACCUCAGAUCGAGUCUACAGAGAGUGUCAGCCCAAUGGGACCUGGGCGCCUCGGGGAAACUACAGCCAGUGCACUGAGAUCAUUCUGCUGAGGAAGAGUAAGGUGCAUUAUCAGGUGGCUGUCAUCAUAAACUACCUGGGACACUGCAUCUCUCUGGCAGCGCUGGUGCUGGCAUUUACUCUCUUCAUGAGACUUCGGAGCAUCCGGUGCCUGAGAAACAUCAUUCACUGGAACCUGAUCUCAGCAUUCAUCCUGAGGAAUGCCACAUGGUUCAUUGUCCAGCUGACUAUGUCUCCCAUGGUCACAGAGAGCAACCAGGUGUGGUGCCGAGUCGUGACUGCAGGCUAUAACUAUUUCCAUGUGACAAACUUCUUCUGGAUGUUUGGGGAGGGCUGCUACCUGCACACGGCUGUAGUGAUGACGUAUUCUACUGACAAGCUGCGGAGGUGGAUGUUCAUGGUCAUCGGAUGGGGAAUCCCGCUGCCCAUCAUUGUGGCCUGGGCCUUUGGGAAGCUGUACCACGACGAUGAAAAGUGCUGGUUCGGGAAAAAACCUGGUGUUUACAUAGACUAUAUCUACCAAGGCCCAAUGAUCCUAGUUUUGUUGAUCAAUUUUGUAUUUCUGUUUAACAUUGUGAGGAUCUUGAUGACGAAGCUCAGAGCAUCCACAACCACUGAGACCAUACAGUACAGAAAGGCCGUCAAAGCGACCUUGGUGCUGCUGCCUCUGCUCGGCAUCACUUACAUGCUGUUCUUUGUCAACCCUGGAGGAGAGGACCAGCUCGCUCAGAUCGUCUUCAUCUAUUUUAACUCCGUCCUGGAGUCUUUCCAGGGUUUUUUCGUAUCUGUGUUUUAUUGCUUCUUAAAUACUGAGGUGCGGUCAGCAGUGAGGAAGCGCUGGCUCCGGUGGCAGGACCAGAACUCGAUCCGCAGCAGAACCAUGAGGGCCACAUCCAUCCCCACAUCUCCCAGUCGAGGAUCCUUCCAAAGCAUAAAGCAGACUUCAAAUCUCUGA